AGUUCCCCCCCCCCCUCCUGUGUGGGUCAGACAGGAACAACAUGGCGGCGGUAGGAGCGUUAGCUUCUGGACCAGUCGUCGUCUGAGAGACCGGCGAUCCGGAUCAGGAUGAACCUCUGCGCCACGUACCUCCGACAGGCAGAGGCCCUCAAGGCUGACAUGACAGAUUCUAAGCUCGGGGCAGCAGAGGUGUGGACGUCCCGCCAGGCGCUGCAGGACCUGUACCAGAAGAUGCUGGUGACCGACCUGGAGUACGCUCUGGACAAGAAGGUGGAGCAAGACCUGUGGAACCAUGCCUUUAAGAACCAGAUCACCACGCUGCAGAGCCAGGCCAAGAACAGAGCCAACCCCAACCGCGGCGAGGUGCAGGCCAACCUGUCGCUGUUCCUGGAGGCCGCCAGCGGCUUCUACACCCAGCUGCUGCAGGAGCUGUGCACCGUGUUCAACGUGGACCUGCCGUGCCGGGUCAAGUCCUCCCAGCUCGGCAUCAUGGGCAUCAAGGCGGGCGGCGGCGCCAUUGUCACGCCGCAGCCCAGCUCCUGCUCCUACAUCUGCCAGCACUGCCUGGUCCACCUGGGAGACAUAGCGCGCUACCGGAACCAGACCAGCCAGGCGGAGUCGUACUACCGGCACGCAGCGCAGCUGGUCCCGUCCAACGGGCAGCCCUACAACCAGCUGGCCAUCCUGGCCUCCUCUAAAGGAGACCACCUCACCACCAUCUUCUACUACUGCCGCAGCAUCGCGGUGAAGUUCCCGUUCCCCGCUGCCUCCACCAACCUGCAGAAGGCGCUGUCCAAGGCUCUGGAGAGCCGCGACGAGGCCAAGACCAAGUGGAGCGUGUCGGACUUCCUCCGGGCCUUCAUCAAGUUCCACGGCCACGUGUACCUGAGCCGGGGCCCGGAGCAGCUGGACCCCCUGAGGGAGCGGCUGGAGGAGCUGUGUCAGAGGCUGAUCCUGCAGAAGGCCUUCAGCUCCCAGCAGCUGGUCCACAUCACCGUCAUCAACCUGUUCGGCCUCCACCAGCUCAGAGACCUGAGCGGCGCCGGCGGCGGCGAGCAGAGCUUCAGCGGCGAGCAGCAGACCUGCUGGUUCCAGCUGCUGGGCCUCUUCAUGUCUUUCCUGGGCGUGAUGUGCAGCCGGGCUCUGCUCAACCAGACCCGCGGGGAGGAGAUCAUGGGCGAGUGUCCUCUGCCGGCCAUCAAGGUGUCCCUGGACUGGCUGAAGCUGCGGCCCGCCGUGUUCCCCGAGGCCGCCGUGGACCAGCGGCAGCACGUCUGGCCCUGGCUGGUCUCCAUCCUCAACGGCUUCCAGCCCAAAGAGGACGACGUGUCCUGCUGCUCAGUGACGCCCCUUCCAGAGGAGUUUGAGUUGCAGGGUUUCCUGGCCCUUCGGCCCGCUCUGAGGUCCCUGGACUUCACCAAAGGUCACCAGGGCGUCCUGUUGGACCGGGACGGGCUGCCGGUCCACGCUCGCCACCAGAGACUCAUCAGCCUCGGGAAAUGGGUCGCCGACAACCAGCCGGGGCUGAUCCGCUGCAGGGCGAGCGAUGAAGGCCUCCUCGUCUUCCUCACCGACAUCCCGGAGCGGGCGGUGGAGGAGCCCCAGGAGGCGCCGGUGCUGCAGGAGUCGUCUAACGGCGAGCAGCCGGCCGGCGACGGCGUGACCUCCGGCCUCAAGUCGGUGCUGUCGGCGGGGGGGCGGAGCCAGAGCUCGUGGCCCGACUGCGGCGAGCGGCCCGUGGUCACCUUCAAGGAGAACAUCAAGCCCAGGGAGCCGGGCCGGAGCCAGAACCUCAAGGACAGCGGCAAGGAGCGCCGCGACCUCAAGGGGUCAGGGGUCACCGGCAAGGCCGAGGUCAAGAGGGACGGCAAGAGGAAGAGCGAGCCCAAGAAGACCGGAUACGAGAAGACCUGCGACCCCGUGAAGCAGGUGAAGGCGCAGACGGAGCUGAGGAAGACUCCGGUGUCCGAGGCCAAGAAGACCCCUGUCACCCAGACCACCUUCAUCCCCAUCCACCACCCGGGAGCCUUCCCCCCACUGCCCAGCAGACCUGGGUUCCCGCCCUCGGCCUACGUGAUCCCGCCCCCCCCGGUGGCGUUCCCGGGUCUCCAGGUGAACCCGGGCUUCACCUUCUCCAGCGGGGUGCCGGUCCCCGGGCCCUUCCUCCAGGCCGGGAAGCCGUCCCACAUCCCCUACAGCCAGCAGAGGCCCUCGGCUCCGGGUCCGGGGUCCUCGGCCCCGGGGCCCCUGAACCAGGGCGGGGGGCCGGCGGUGCACCUGCAGGUGCAGCAGUCCCCCACCAAGCCGGGCCAGCAGAUGGGCAAGAGCCCGCCCCACCACCCGGGCCCGCAGCAGUACAUGCAGGUCCAGGACCAGCCGGCCCAGAUGUGGAGCCCGGCCCAGAAGAUGUCCCUGAAGGGCCCCCAGCAGCAGGCCUUCUACCUGGGGGCCCAGGACCCCCUGAGGCUCUACGAGCACCAGCUGGACAAGAAGAACAAGUUCCCCCUGCAGGACUUCUACUGGGAGCAGGCCUACCGCAGGAACAGGGCCCCGCCGGGGGGGCCGGGCCCCGAGCACGACGGGGCCCCGAGCAGGGCGGCCCCCUUUGACCUGCCCGGCCCGAUGCGGAUGGACAGCGGCCCCCCCGAGGCCGGGCCCCCCCCCUCCUCCCUGAUGCAGAUGUCUGGGUUUCCCAUGCAGGAGUACAACCAGAACAGCAUCUUCAGUCAGGCCUACGGUAAGAGCCUGCCGCCCGGCCCCAAGCCCGACGCUCCCAUGAUGCACCAGGAGCCGUCCCUGUACUCGCUGUUCGAGGGGACCCCCUGGUCCCCCUCCCUGCCGGCCAGCUCCGAUCACUCCACCCCGGCCAGCCAAUCCCCUCACUCCUCCAACCCCAGCAGCCUGCCGUCCUCGCCCCCCACCCACAGCCACGGGGCCCUGCCCUUCUCCAACUUCGGGCCCAUCGGCACUCCGGACAGCCGGGACCGCCGGAUGGUGGACCGCUGGAAGGCAGACAAGACCGGUGAGCGGGGACGGGGUCCAGAGGGUCAUGAGGAUCCAGAGGGACGGGGUCCAGAGGACACCAGCUGGCACCAGGCCGGCCCCACCGGCAGCUCCUGGACCAAUCAGGAGUCUCCGAUGGAGGAGUCGACCUCCACCGUGCUGCUCGACAGCCUCAAGUCCAUCUGGUCCAGCUCCAUGGUGCCGCCCGGCCCGUCGGCCCUGGAGCAGCUGCUGCUGCAGCAGAAGCAGAAGCUGCAGCGCGGCCACGGCGCCAUGAACCCGCCGCACUGAACGCCACGGCGGCGUCCGGACGCCACGGAGGGAACAGCCACCAGAAGAAGUUUGACGAAGACGAGCUCCGACUACAACGGGAAAAUUAAACCGGCGAGAGAGGUGGCGGCUGGGGGAGGCCCCGCCCCCCCGCCCCACCACCACCCCCUCGACUGUCGAGGAGCGGUGGCCGGAAGGGUCCGCGGCGCCACGUCACCGCCGGGUUCCCUUCAACCCGCGGGAACACUGAGGACCCCCUGACCCCGCCCCCCCCUGACCCCGCCCCCCCCUGGUUUCUGGACAAGACGCCACAGACUCUUCUCACCUGUAACUUUCAGACGACCCCCGACGCCGGCUCGGAGCGCCGUUGUUAGCGUCUCCGCCGCCGCAGACUAGCGCUGGAGGGGGGGGGGGGGGUCCAAACAGAUGUUCUGACCUCUCAUUCAUUUACAUUAGUGAGGAGGAGCGGCGAGCUCAUUGGUCAAUGAAGGACUUCCAGAUAUUUAAAUAUCUGAUCCAUAUAUUUGGGGACUGGACGGCGCUCUGCGGCGCCAGGUGUGUCGACGCCCCCUGGACGACCGCUCUGAUGCCCCGCCUCCUUUUCUCUGGAGGCGGAGCCUGAAGGGCCUCAACGGCGGGACGAGACGUCACGGGAAGAAGAAGAAGAAGGGAAACACACACACACACAGACUUGAUGUUCUACCGUUGGCUUCAAGAGAAGAAGAAACUAAACGGCUGUAUUUAGUGAUUUGUUGUAGCAGUUUUAGCUCCGCCCCCUCUGAGGGUCACAGGUUCGUCUCUUAGCUUCCUGCUUCAAUACUUUGGGGUUCUCUUCCUCCUUCCUGUUAUUCCUUUACAGAGAGAAGAAGACACGAUGUCACUCACCCUGGACUCAACCUGGACUUAACCUGAACUCAACCCUGGACUCAACCUGGACUUAACCUGGACUCAACCUGGACUUAACCUGAACUCACCCUGGACUUAACCUGGACUCAACCUGGACUUAACAUGGACUUAACCUGAACUCACCCUGGACUUAACCUGGACUCAACCUGGACUUAACCUGAACUCAACCUGGACCUAACCUGGACUUAACCUGGACUUAA